AUGAAAAAUCCAAAGAAAUUUAUUCUCAAUUUGUAUGAAAUCUUAGAAGAUCCUAAUUUAUAAUGUUUGGUGUAUUGGGUAGAUAAUGGAUAAGCUUUUUCUUUUUAAAGAAAUUCCGAAUUCGAAACUAGAAUUCUCCAAAAAUAUUUUAGAACAACAAAUGUACAUUCAUUUUUAAGACAAUUAUCCUUAUACGGAUUCAAGAUGAGGAAAAACGAUAGAAAUACCAAAGAAAAGGGCGAUUGUAUGAGAUUAUUAACUUUUAGUAAAGACUUAUUGAAAAUAAGGAGAGGAACCCAAACAAAUUAAAAUUCGGAUCAGUAAUUCAAUGCAGCAGGAUUUGCAGAAUAAAACUUUCUUCUCAAAGAGAAAUUGAAAUAUUUAUAAGAGCAAUAAUAAAUUAUUUAGCAAUAGUUGAGAAUUUAAUGUUAAAUCCAACUAUUAAUAGCAUAAAAAAUUGGAAAGAUGGUUGAUCUUUUUGUGGUAUUAAAAGAGUUUCAUGAGAAUGAAACCUAAUAAAGAUUUAAAUCCACUUUUAUUUCAGUUCUUUUUGGCUAUAAACCUUCGAUGGAGUAUUUGUAGGAAACAUUUAUAGAUAUGAAUAGUCCGAUGUCUGAGUUUCUAUUUUCACCUAAUGUUUUUCCUUUUAUUUAAUGA